CAAUCACUCCAUACCACACCCAUACAACAUGAGCUCAUCAGCCAUCGUGACCAGUCCAUCAAAGGCUGCCUCUAAACAAGCACCAUCAAAUGCUCAAUCUACCACCAAACGUUUGCAAUCCGAGUUGAUGAAUUUAAUGAUGUCCAAGACAGCUGGUAUUACAGCCUUUCCGGAAGAAGGUAAUAUGCUCAAAUGGACAGGUACAUUGAAAGGAUGCGAAGGUACAUGUUAUGAUGGACAAUCGUACAAACUCUCCCUCUCCUUCUCUAAUGACUAUCCAUUCAAGGUUCCAGUUGUAAAGUUUAUCACACCAAUCUACCAUCCAAAUGUAGAUCAAUUCGGAAACAUUUGUUUGGAUAUCUUGAAGGAUAAGUGGUCUGCCACAUAUAAUGUUAGAACUAUUCUCAUUUCUAUACAAUCAUUGAUGAAUGAUCCAAAUAUUGAAGAUCCAUUGAAUGGUGAAGCUGCUCAAAAUUAUGCUGACCCUGUCGAAUUUAAGAGAUUGGUUGAUUUGACCUAUCAAAAGAAACAAUAAGAAACUGAGGUGUUUCACUUUCCAUUUUUACAAACAUUUGUUAAAAACAAAAGAUGAGCGUAAUAGCAAUACUCUUUAAUGUACAAAAUAAAUCUAACUGAACAAUUUCA